AAUGCUGAACAGCUGAUGGUCAUCCGGCAGUGACCAAAGCAAUGGGCAAGAAGAAGGCCGGCGAUGGAGGCAGCGGUGCUUGGAAUUUUGCGGCACGCUUCUUGCUCUCAGCAGCUGUCACAGCCGGUGUUGUCAGCUUGUUGCGUGGCUUGUCGAGCGAGCCAGCCACUUUUGAGAAGGUGGCGGUUCCCAUGCAGCUCCUCCCAACGUUGCCGCCCAAGACCGGGCCAGUGAAGGGCCGAGUCCUGAAACACAGCAACGGACUUUGCGUGCGAGAGAAAGAUAGCUCGCUCAUCCUCUCGGAGUGUGGUGUGAUGACAUCGCUGGACGUGAUCCAGGUGGUCCAAGAUGAAAGCGAGCCUCCAGCGUUCCAACUGCGGAUAGGACAGAGGUGUGCAACUCUGUCAGGGCCAAAGACGCUGACCCUUCCACUUCAACCAGCUUGUCAUAUGCCCGAAGCAAAGUUUCGAAAGGUCAUCGUUGGCACCGACCUCUUCUUGCUGCAGCCAAGCUCGAUGUCGGUUUGCCUAGCUCCAGCAGAAGCGCCUGCUGAUGGAGCUGGCUUAAUCCUUUCAGAUUGCACAGGAGACAUUCACUUCCAGACUUCAGAGGCCUUCGAAGCCCCGGCGCAAACGGCUGUGGAAGUGCACGUGCGCGACGUGCGUGAUACGAUUCAGACGGUGUCUGUCAGCGACACCUUGGUCCACAUCAGCGGGCUUUGCGUCACGGCGCAAGAUGAGAUCACCGGAGAAGAUUCUUCUUUGUUGGUGUUCUCGGACUGCGAAGAUGAUCCCGUGAAAAACGUGCGCUUUGUGGCGGCUUCCGAGUCGAAUGUUUUUCGCUUUCAGCUAGGCCGACAAUGCGGACAUCCAGAGGAUGGUGCUGAUGCUUCAGGAGAACCACGUUUGGCUUUCCCUGCGGACUGUGCCUCCACCAGGCAUAGCUUCAAGUACCGGAAGCUUUCGGAAGACGAACGCCUGCCUGGUUUCGUCAUACAAUCUGUUGACAACCCAAUUCAGUACUGCAUUCAUCCCUACGGAGGCAACGACAGGCCCCCUGUUGGGACAGAGCUCAUCAAUCAUAAACAGUGCGAACUAGGGCGAAAUGCUUUGAGAUUCCGAGUUGGUGACCCUAUCCAGCUUGCCAAGGAGGAGCCGAAGAUGAAGAAGUCCCUGGGCAAUCCGCUGAUCCCAGUGCCUCAAGAGGAGCCUUGCUCGUACUACGACGAGGGCAAGUCACAGAGUUCACGCCCCGGAAAGCCCUGCCUUCCUCCACCACCCUUUUGGCCGUACACAGGGCGCACGGACUGGAAGAUCCAACUCGGUCAGCGAGCGCUCGCAUCUGUGACGCCCUUGGAGGAGGUGACCGAGCAGCGCUGCGCAGGCUUUUACCUUCUUGGUGAUCAAACCUGGUGUAACAAAGCCUUUGACGGCAGUCACGGUGUCGGGAAGAUCGGUUUGUCCUUCGGCAUCGAGGAGCGUGACAUUUGGAGCGAACUUGUGACGCAGAAAUUCCACCUCCCGGUGAAGCUUUUUGACUGUUUCAUUCCGCCGGACAGAUCGCCACCCAUUUCUGGUACAGCGCCUAACAAUUCUGAGUGCCCAAAGAAUGCCUUCGGGGAGCCGAAGCUGGCCGAGAUUUGCUACGGCGCCAGCUACCAGUCCUUCCGGCUUUGCCUGGCAGGGCAGGAUGUGACUGCAGGUGGCCGCAGGUAUGGAACUUUAGAGGCCCAGCUGCGCGGAUGGCCGAAGCUUUCAGUCCAUUUGAAGAUUGACGUCGAGGGAUCAGAGUGGGACGUCCUAGAAUGGCUGAUCGGCCAUCCGGAGGAAUGGGACAAGAUCAGAACGCUGGACAUGGAGAUCCACUUUGGCUUCGGAAGUGCGGCCAUCCUUGAAAAGUACAAGGACUUGGAUUUGCAUGCGCAGCUGGAUAGGGAGGUCAAGAUCAUGGAAGAUUUGCGAGAGCGCUUCUACUGUACAGGAUCGACUUUGGAGGUCUAUCGCCAAGGAUGGAGCCCGCAGGAUAAUUGUGGGGUCGAACCAUGCCCCGAGCCCCCGAUUUAUUUGCCCAACGGCUUCGCCGUUA